UGGGGAUGGGGAUGGGGAUGGGGAUGGGGAUGCAGCAGAAUGAUCACCAAAAUGUGAAUUAUGGGAUAAGGACAGAGGCUGUGAAUGCAGGUGAAGGUGAGAAAAGGGAUUUACUGGGGUGGUCAAUGCUUGAGGGUUCAGUUGUUGAUGGUCCGGAAGGCACAGGGGGUGUUGUGGGUGUUGAGAAUUUGGGAAUGAGAAAUGACCAGUCUGUUUUCAAUUCACCUCUGCCACAGCCUCCAGUUGAAAAGUCUGACGCCCAAGAAAAGGAUGUGAAGAUUGAGACUACACAGGCAAAAGAGGCUGAGAUGGCGCCCGCAGAGGAUUCAGUGGCGGGGAGGUGGGAUUUUGAUCAGGGGAUGAUGCAGGAGAAGCAGAGCACUUGCCCCCCAAAUACAGAUCAUCAGUCACAACAACAGCAGCAGCAGAGUGCAGAUCAGAACAAUAAUAAUGUGGGGUGCGCUUCGGUGGAAGAAUCAGAAGGGCAAUCAAUGGAGGAAAGGUGGUGUGCUUGGGAAGAGGAAAAGCAGCAGGCCAAAGAGGCCUCUAGCAGGCAAGAGCAUAAGCAGGGUGUCUACUUUUACAGAGAAUGCCAGAGAAACAUGGCUGCUGAAAAGGGGUGUACAGUGGUUGAUGGGUGUGGGGAAUUCAUGCCUUGUUCAGAUGAGGGGGGAGAAGGCAAAGACAGUGCUACUGCUGGUUCUCUACUGUGUGCUGCAUGCGAGUGUCACAGGAGCUUUCACCGCCGUGUGCUCUGUGAUAAGGAUGGCUUUGCCAUUGAAGGUGGUGAGGAGGGUAGGCCCAGACAAACCUACGAUUGCAUUGCUGCCAUCAAGAGUGUGGCAAACGAGGUAACUCUUAGUGUAAAUCAGACCGUUUGUGCAAUUCAGCAACAUUUAGUUAAGGGUCAAGGAGAAGUAAACUUUUCUGCAAAUGCACCUCAACCCUAUCAAUUUGAACAGAGUUUUAAUGUUGCUUCUUUUCUCAAAAAUUUGGAUGGCUUAAGAAAGGCUGCAAAAUCAAUGAUGGUUACCGCUGAUUGCCUCACCACUCUGCAAUGUGUGAAGAAAGAGGCGGCACUCAAUGCAAUCAAGGAUGGGGGCAAUUCUGACUGCUCUUCUUCGCUUCUGAAUCAGUUCAAGAAUGGGAAAUAUAUUUUGAGCAAUAACAAUACAGUUAAUACUAAUCAUAAUGAUGGGGCAAGGACAGGGAGAACAAACCCACUUCAGUUAUGUGAAUCUGCAUUCAAUGAGAGGAAGGAGAAAAGGAAGAGGACCAGAUUCAGCACAGAGCAGAUCACCAAACUAAAUGAUUUCGCAAUGGAAGUGGGAUGGACAUUGGCUGGAUUGACAAAAGAGGACAUUGAUGCAGUGUGUGAAAACGUUGGAAUUGAACCCACCACAUUGAAAUAUUGGCUUUACAAUACAAGGCAGAAGUCCAAGAGAAGACAUCAAGAGGAGGAAAUCUCUCAGUCAGUUUCUUGACAGAUUAAUUUUGACAGUGGAGAUCGUAUGCAGACCAUUUGCAGUCCUUUCUUUUCCUUGUUUUUUUUUUGUCGGGAAAACAUGUAAUCACAUCUCUCUUUGUUUCA